UUACGUGAGCGCCAUAUCCACGUCGGUAGAACGUAUACGUUCAGACGGUUCUGUAUAUAUACAGCGGAGUCUACUCUCUCUAGGCAAUGGCGACUAUGGACAUACGAUUCUCCAAGAUGCUUCAGAGAAUUAGACCCGACGAAGGCGAGGUCGAGAGGGCAAUUCGAAGUCAUCAUUACAUGAGAAAUCGACUAGAGGAGAAGGAAUGGGUCUUAACAACGUUUCUCACUGGCUCUUACCCAAGGAAGACAGCCACUAGGCCACUGCACGACGUCGACAUUCUUUGUGUCGUCGACCCUCACUGGGCACGUCCAAAAACGGCAGCAAACAUUCAGACUCAUGUAGAGCACGCGCUCCAAACAAUUUAUAGGAACACGUCGAUUCGCAGACAAAGUCAUUCUCUUGGGGUAGACUUCAGCUCUCAAAGAGUAGGGUAUGACGUCAUCCCGGCAGUACCACACGGGGAAUAUUACAUGAUAACAGAAAGGGACUCAUCGCAUCGAGGCGGCAGAUUCAUUCCUUGCCAUCCGAAAGCAGUGGAAGAAGCCAAGGUCAGGGCAAACGCGUGCACAAAACCAGAAGGUAGAAUGUUGCACAUGAUACGACUGAUGAAACAUUGGAAUUGUAAAAACGGCAAAAAGAUAAAGAAUUUUCAUAUCGAAGUACUGUGCUACUCUGCUGCAGACGUUAUAACUAGCGAUCGCUAUCCUUACUUUCACCAUGCUUGUCCGGCUCUACUUGAGUUUCUAGCAGAGACAGUUGAGGACGACUGUUUCGUUCCAGGACUUGAAGCGUUUGAACUGGGCAAUUUGCGUAAAACUAGAGCGGGCAUUGAGCUUCGUGCCUUUUCGAACACAUUGGUGAAUGCGGCGGCUAAAGCAAACAUGGCUGUUUAUAGAGAAAGACAAGGAGAUGAUCGUACAGCAAACAAGAUUUGGCAAGAUCUUUUUGGUAAUGACGUCUUUGUAGUACCUCAGGUCACUAUUUCACUUCCGUAUGAUCGUCGUUAUGGUUCUUUGUACUAGACUAAACAUAUUGUACUUGCACAAUUCGAGACUGCUGUAGUGAUUUGUAAGUCAUGUCUUAGAUAUACUGGAAUGAUACUAUAAGGAAAAUUUGCAAUGUCAGAAGAAGAGGAUGUCGUGUCGAUACAAUGAUUUAUUCCACCGAUCUAUUGCCUUUGCCCGAGAUGCUGAGAAAACAAAGUUACAGUUUUUGUCUUCUCUAAUUCAGUCUGAAAACAGUGUUAUCGCGUACAUUUCGUCUCUUAGGUAUAAUUCUCAACAGUCGUCCUUUUUUGCGUCAUGUCGGGAAUGAGAAUUGCAUUACUGCCAAAGCCACACCAGGGUACUGUCGAGACAGUCAAUUGCUCAUGACAUUUGAAAGAACGUUGAUUGAUCUCUAUCUGAGUCUAAGCGCGAGGCUACAAGCUCGGCAUACCAUUGGUUGUUUGAACCAGCUAGAAGUAGUAAAUCAGUACUAGAAGACUUGUUUUUAGUAGAUUGAUGCCACAGUAGUUAUAUUAUUUGUUUGUUUGUUUGCUUGCUUGUUCCUGUUUUUUGCACCAUUAAUUUUAAUGAGUGCGACGUCAGG